GUGUGUUUAGUUGGUGGAUUCUAGCGAUGAACCUCUCUCUUCUGCUUGAGAACCUGAAGACACGCUUCGAUCAGAAGCGGUUCAAGGCCACAGUCAACAAACGGAGACACUCUGGGUUGAGGGAUGCAUUCUUUGAGACCACGUUCCAGCAGAUGUUUGUGGAGGACCGCAGGUCUGGUAGAGAUGACCUACUCUUCUACGUCAAGUAUGACGUCAAUGAAGACAAGGACACAGUCGACGUG